GUCUGUCUUCUUCCUCUCUCUUCUCUCUUUCUGAGCGAGUGAUAAUGGGAGGAUAGGAAUCUCUUUCUUUCUCAUACGAAAGGAAAAAGCUUUCCUCUCGUCUGUUUCCUGUUCUCAUUAUUACUCUCUCUCUCUCUCUCUCUCUCUGCGUGAAGAACAACAAAGUGGAAGGAAGGCCCUGCGAUUGGAUCCCAUGAACUGAAUUUGCACCAAAUGCCAUCGGACCUCUGAGACGCGGAGGGGUGCCAUGGGAAUCUGCACCUCCAAGCCCCCCACCAAACCCAACCCCUACGCCACCAGACACCCCUCUGCCGGAGCCCCAGAGGAGGAGGAGGAGCCCCGACCUCCUGUAACGCCCGCCAACGUCGAUAAUCAUGAUGCCACCGAAGCGGCAGUGAAGAAGUCGCCCUUCUUCCCCUUCUACAGCCCCAGCCCGGCGCGCUACUUUCUGUCCAAGAAGUCGCCCGCGCCGUCGUCGGCAAGCGCUAACUCCACCCCGCGGAGGCUGCUCAGGCGGGCCUUCCCGCCGCCAUCACCAGCCAAGCACAUAAAGGCGGUGCUUGCGCGGCGGCGCGGCUGGGCGAAGCCGGGGAGCGGGUCGGCGAUAGCAGAUGGGGAGGAGGGCGAGGCGGCGGCGCUCGAUAAGAGCUUCGGGUUCUCGAAACAGUUUACUAGCCGGUAUGAAGUUGGAGAGGAGGUGGGGCGAGGCCAUUUCGGGUACACUUGCUCCGCCAUGCCUAAGAAGGGCGACCUCAAGGGACAACGUGUCGCCGUCAAAGUCAUCCCCAAAGCCAAGAUGACAUCGGCUAUUGCAAUUGAGGAUGUUAGAAGGGAGGUGAAGAUACUGCAAGCAUUAAAAGGACACAACAAUCUCGUGCAAUUCUACGAUGCAUUUGAAGACCAUGAUAAUGUCUAUAUAGUAAUGGAGUUAUGUGCGGGAGGGGAACUUUUGGAUAGAAUACUCUCAAGGGGUGGGAAAUACUCUGAGGAUGAUGCAAAGGCUGUCAUGGUACAAAUUUUAGAUGUUGUUGCAUUUUGUCAUCUCCAAGGUGUUGUACACCGGGAUCUAAAACCAGAGAAUUUUUUGUUUGUCUCCAAGGAUGAGCACUCCCAGUUAAAAGCUAUAGAUUUUGGGUUAUCAGAUUUUGUCAGGCCAGAUGAAAGACUCAAUGAUAUUGUUGGAAGUGCAUACUAUGUGGCGCCUGAAGUCUUUUACAGAUCUUACAGUACUGAAGCCGAUGUGUGGAGUAUAGGAGUGAUAGCAUAUAUUCUUCUGUGUGGCAGUCGCCCAUUUUGGGCCCGAACUGAGUCUGGGAUUUUUAGGGCAGUCCUAAGGGCUGAUCCAAGUUUUGAUGAAGCUCCUUGGCCUUCCUUAUCUUCAGAGGCUAAGGAUUUUGUUAAGCGUCUACUAAGCAAAGAUCCUAGGAAGAGGAUGAGUGCUGCUCAGGCUUUAAGUCACCCUUGGAUUCGGAAUUAUAAUGAUGUAAAAGUCCCUCUUGAUGUUCAUAUAUUCAGAUUACUGAAGGCAUAUAUGCGAUCUUCAUCUUUGCGUAAGGCUGCUCUGAGGGCAUUGUCUAAAACAUUGGUUGUGGAUGAACUCUCCUAUCUCAAGGAGCAAUUUGCGCUUUUAGAGCCAAACAAAAAUGGCUGCAUAACCAUAGACAGUAUUAGGAUGGCCUUGACGAAAAACAUGACAGAUGCAUUAAGGGAGUCACGCAUUCCUGAUUUCCUUUCCUCGCUAAAUGCACUACAAUACAGAAGAAUGGACUUUGAAGAAUUUUGUGCAGCUGCGUUGAGUGUCCAUCAGCUGGAGGCUCUGGAUCAGUGGGAACAACAUGCUCGUUGUGCAUAUGAAAUAUUUGAGAAGAAUGGAAAUAGGGCUAUUGUCAUUGAGGAACUUGCUUCGGAGCUUAGCCUCGGCCCCUCAGUUCCGGUUCAUGCUGUUCUUCAUGACUGGAUACGGCACACGGAUGGAAAGCUGAGCUUCCACGGCUUUGUCAAAUUGUUGCACGGUCCAUCCAGCCGAACCCUCACCAAGGCACAGUAAGGGCUAAGCGCUCUUGAAAGAGCUGCUAAGUGUUGGGACUUUCCUGUGCUCCAUGGCUGUGAUGAAAAACGCGAGCCAGAGGAGCUUGGAUUCAUCAUACAGAGUUGGCUUUGGCACUCUGGAAAGCUUUGACCAACCCCACUACAGUUUGCUUUUCCCCCAAAUAUGAGUUCGAGUUCGAGUUCGAGUUCAUCAUUCUUGUGCUUGCUCCCCAUUUUCAUGCCAAAGGCAGCAGAGUCGUAGUAAUACUAGGCGUAAACCGUCAAGUAGCUGUUGAAGUGUAUUUAUUUUGGAAGAGGAUUCCACUGUGAGUUGGGGUGUCUCUGAUUUAAUGUAAUUAUUAUUGUGCAACAGAUUCGUCUGAAAAUGCUUGAUUUUACUUAUUGACACUUAUAAUAUAAGGGUUCAUUAUUGUGGGG